AUGCUCAGAGAUGCUACCGUCGCUGCCAUCUUCGCCUUCUGCUCCGUCUCAUCGGCCGCGCCCGCCUGGUCCUCGUCCAUGCCAGGCACUGGCACGUACCCGAUCACCUCCGGAACGGCCGCGGGUUCAAGCGGUGCUGCCAUUGCCACGGCACCCAUUUACUCCAACUCCGUGACCUACCAACAGGCAGAGCAGGCUACCGACUCAAGUUCCACGGCCGCGGACACGGCGAUGGCCACCGGGCCCCCAUCCACGCCGACCGACCUCGGUCUGACCAAGACGCAGCAGAUCCUGCUCUCCGACAGCCGCGUCGACGUCUUCAACAACGUACUGAGGGAAAACAAGGACUUCGUGUUCGACUUCAACGCGAAGCGCAAGUUCGGCCCGGGCAAGGGCGGCGAGGUCGUGCAGGCGAACCGCAAGACCUUCCCGGCCAUCACGGACACCGCCAUCGGCAUGGCGGUCGGGUUCCUGGGGCCCUGCGGUUUCAACACCCCGCACGUGCACCCGCGCGCGACCGAGUUCCUGAUCGUGACCAAGGGCCGGCUCGUGUCCGAGAUGUUCGUCGAGAACGGCGUUAGAAAUGCCGAUGGCACCCCGCGCAACGUUAUCAACACUAUCGAGGAGCUGCAGGCCACGCCCUACUACCAGGGCGCGCUGCACUCGCAGUUCAACCCUACCUGCGACAACGUCACCUUCAUCGGGCCCCAGUCCAGCGACGACUUCGGCGCCAACACCAUGGCGCAGGCCUUCUUUGCCCUCGGCGACGACACCAUCGCCGCCGUGGCCGGCAACUCGAUCGACGGCGCCGAGAUCGACAAAUUCCGCGGUAUGCUGAGCGUCAAUGUUGCGGAGGGCGUGCAGCAGUGUCUCGACACUUGCUUCCCGAAGAAGGACCAGUAG